UGAUGACUAUAACUUCUAGAGUGUGCAUGUGUUUGUGUGUCUUUUAUCACCUGCUAUGUUCCCACAUACACACACAGACACACACAAACCUGCACUCAUGCACACACAAUUAUACUGCUGGGGGAAGCAGAGAUAAACUCAGAGGUUUCUGUCACACUGAGUUAUUCAUCCACCAACACCAUGAAGGGAUGUGUCGUUUUCCUGGGACUCCUGCUCGUCUGUGUGGCAGCAGGUAAUAAAAAAAAGAGAAAAAAAAUCAUUUUAAAGACUUUUCUUUUAAAAUCUUUGGAUCUAAAUCAACAGAAAAACUCCUUCCUCUAUGAAACAGGAAACAUCUACUAUGGAGCCUGUAGUAUAUAUUGUAUUGUAUGUAUGGUAUCUGUUUUUGCCUUAUUAAAGUGCGUCAGAGGAGAGUUAUUGUAGCUGUUUUGAUAUUUAACGCUAAACGAAAAAGACAGUAAUGUGCAAGUGAAAAAAAAAAGUUUUUUACCAAGUGAAAUAAGGAAAAAUAUACAUAUAUGUACACAAAAAGAUGUUUUGACCAGUUAUGAAGGGGACUGUAGUGAUCAGUGGUGGAGCCAGACUAUUUUGGGCCAAACUGAGGAACUGACUCAUGAUGGGGUGGUAAGGUGGAGUAAACAAACUGACCCCAAAUCUUACCAUCGUCACUUCACCUACUUUCAAAACUAAAGACUUAAGAAAAUGUUAAAGACAUGUUUAAUAUUCAACAAGAAAAAAGGUAACAUUAAGAUUUUCCAGUCAACCAGAUAUAAGACAAAGAGAAAUGAUUCAGGGUUGUUUUUUGUUUUUUUUAACCAGGCUGUUCACAUGUUUGGCUUUCUAUAUCAGCCCUGUCCUGGCUGGACUCUGACAGCUUUGAUAGCCUACUGUGACCCCAAAUGAGAUUAGCAAUAUAAAUAUGUGAUGUUCAGAUGAACAGAUUAAGGGUUAUUAAAUAUGUGUAUGAAAAAAUAUGCAUAUCAGUACAACACCAGGGUAUUUUUGAUACAGACAAAAGGAGAUAAAAAAAACAAAAAGGAUAUUACAAUGAGUUUUCAUUUUCCUACUAUGAUCAGCUCACAAAAGGUAAAAAUUUUAGAGUACUACGUUAAUCGUUGUUAUAUUUAUGGUCUUAUAGUAAGUGCUUUUCUUUCUCUUACAGAUAAUGGGGAGAAUUCUAAUCUUCUGAGAAAGGUGUGUUUGUGUUUAUUUACAAGGAGAGAAAUGUGUCAUAACAGGGCUUUAAAUCAUGUGAUCAUGUGAAUGACUUUCUUCUGGUGUAGAGGAAGAGGUUCAAGCAUUAAAAUAAAGAGAUUCAUACUUGUUUUGUUGUUUCAUGUCCCUGCAGCCUUCCUGUCCUGACAUGGAGGAGAUUGUAGCAUGCCCUCUGAACCUGGCUCCAGUGUGUGGCAGCGAUGGAAACACAUAUGCCAACGAGUGUACUCUGUGUGCCCAAAGGCAGUGAGUACACACAGCUGCUUUAUUCACGGGGCCUUCUCAUUAUGCUGCACUCUCGUCCAGAUAAACACUGUCAGAGGAUAAAGGGACACUGCUGCUCUCUGGUGGUGGAUAGAUUGAAAGAGUGCAGUCUCAGUGGUGAGCUCUGAUUGGCUGAGAGCAGCAGCUUAUUUAAAAAAGCCUGGGAGUUUUUUUUCCAGUUGAGUCUGUUAUUCAUCAGCUAAACUUUGCAAGAAAUUCCCGAGUGGUAUCUAGGCAUGAUUAGAAAAUGAUAGUCAUAAUUUUAUUUAGCAAAUUAAAAAGCAGAAAGAUAAGCUGUUAAAACGAUUCCUACUUUUAUGCAGUGUGAUGAGGGUGGGAGAGUAGGAAGCGCCUCCCCUAUUAUGUAAAACUGCAUUUUCCUUGAGCCGUUAAAAUGUAACCAAUAGGACUAAAGUGUUUGACUCCUUUUAGGUGUGAGUUAUAAUAUCUUUGCAGCAUCUUUUAUCAGUGUUGUACUUUGUAAGUGGUUCCUGCACACUCAAGUCAGACAGGCUUGUUCUUAUGAGCCAAAACUGGAGACUGCAAUUGGGUAAAAAUGGCUGCCAUUACAGCAAACCAAAUUCUCUUGAUAAGUUUCUCCAAACAUGAUGUGAAACUUAUUUCAAGAAACUUUAAAAUAAUUGUUUUGCCUGAAAUAUCUUGAAUAAAGAUUUAUAUACGAACACGUCUGGUCAGUGUAGCAACAGAGAUAUGUUGACCACAAAUGAGACAAAUUCAUUGGAUGAGAUUUGAAUUUUUGUGGUGUUCACAUUGUUCACUCAGCAGGUGUUUUUUUUUUUUUUUUUAACUUUUGGCAAGUAGCUAAUAUUUAUAAAAUGACAUUGAGUACAAUACUCUAACUGAAACAAAAGUACUGAUUUAAAUACCACUCACAAAAAUGGGUGAGAAUACAUAUAAAAGCUUCUUGAUUUUAGUAAGACGAGUAAAUACAACAAGUAAUUUUCCUCCCUUGAUCACUGACCGUAUUAUCACACCUGACUGACUGACUAACCAUUACUGUGCUCUAAUUUUUCCCACAGAAUGACCAAGAUGGACAUUUUGGUCGCCAAAGAGGAGAGCUGCUGACCUGAUGAUGACACAGUUAAUCUGACCUGUCAGGAUCUAACUAAAUACACAACAUGGAUCUGUCAUGGAAAUGAUUAAUAAACUUCAAUCACUAAACAA